AUGGGACUCUCCAAAACCAACAGGAUCAUUAUCCUGCUUGUCAUUGACACUGCAUUCUUUUUCUUAGAGUUGAUCACUGGUUAUACCGUCCACUCGCUCGCUCUUGUCGCUGAUUCCUUUCAUAUGCUAAACGAUGUCUUGUCUUUAUGUGUUGGACUAUGGGCCGUCAAGGUUGCCAACCGCGAGACCAACUCGAAAAUGUACACAUAUGGCUGGCAACGGGCUGAAACCCUAGGUGCAUUGGUCAAUGGUGUUUUCUUGGUCGCUUUAUGCAUGUCGAUCUUCCUGGAAGCUAUUCAGCGAUUGGUGGAGCCCCAGGAAGUGCAGAACCCCAAGCUAGUCUGCAUCGUAGGUUGCUUUGGCCUUCUCUCAAACAUUCUGGGCCUGGCCCUCUUUCACGACCACGGGCAUGCUCAUGGCGGGCACGGACAUGGUGAUCACGGUCACGCCCAUGACGAAGACAUCGAGUCAGGUCACGCCGAUCACGACCACGGCCACAGUCAUCCCGAGGCUCCAUCGCAACAUGGCCUUCCACACCCAGCCACCGACCCCGCAUCUCCUUCUUGGAAGCGCCGUGGAGCUGACUCCCAAAGCCGCACCUCUCGACGAUACAGCACCUCCGGCCUGGCGAGUGUCGAGGACAUCUACGUUCAUCCCGCGACUAUGCGACAAGAUAUUAUUGCUGCUAGUCGGGGCUCCUUUGACGACGAAUCGUCCGACUCAGACAACCGUGAUGACGAAACUCCUACUGAGCGCUCUGGCCUCCUCCGUCAUCGAGAUCGCGCCUCAAACUACACCGAUCAAGAUGGGGGUCCGUUAAAGACCCCUGGUCACGUUGAGGACGACCUCCACAAGCAUCACAAUCACGCCCAACCCAAGCCCAAGGGCCAGAAGGGCGGUCACAGUCAUGAUCUGAACAUGCGCGGAGUCUUCCUCCACGUGAUGGGUGACGCUCUUGGCAAUAUUGGAGUGAUCGCCUCUGCGUUGGUGAUCUGGUUGACCGAUUACGAUUGGCGCUUCUACGUCGACCCGGGUAUUUCUCUGCUCAUCACCGUCAUCAUUCUUGCCUCUGCGAUUCCUCUGUGCAAGGCCGCGUCGCGAAUUCUACUGCAGGCUGCGCCGGCGGGCUUGAGCAUUGAUCAUAUCAAGGAAGAUAUUGAAGGACUUCCGGGUGUAAUUGGCUCACACCAUCUUCACGUGUGGCAGCUGAGCGAUACUAAGGUUGUGGCCUCGAUUCACAUACAAGUAGAUACGGAAAUCAAGGGUGAAGGAUCGGAGAGAUAUAUGCGUCUUGCUCGCCAAGUCCGACGGUGCCUCCAUGCCUACGGCAUUCAUUCCUCAACCAUUCAGCCAGAGUUUGCCCCCGAAAGCGAUACCGAAGAUGGGCCGCACCUGACCCAGGCAUCGUCGUCUCGAAUGGGCGCUGACGACGUGAACCCCAGCCCAGCUACCAGCCUGCGGGAUGGCGACUCCCAAGCCUGUCUCCUUGAGUGCGAUGACAAUUGCGCCCAAGGGGGUCAAUGCUGCCCCAAAAAGUGA